UCAUAUCCAAUCAUUUCCACUAAACUCUAAAAUUCCCACCCCCAAAAAGCUCUCUCUCUUUAGAAGACAAAACACAAACCUCUCAACAUGCAACAACAACAAGACUUUCAAGAAAACUUGGAAUCUUGCAAUUAUUUCUCCAAAAAUAAAUCAUCAUCAAGUGAUAAUAAUAUGAUGGGAGAAUAUUAUGGUUUUGAUAUUGAAGCUAUUAAAAACUUUUGUAGCUCUUCCCCAUUUUACCCUCAACAUAAUCAUGUGGAAUUUCAAGAAACUAUAGAGAGUAAUAAUAAUAGUCCAGAAAGUAGAGCUGAAAAUCAUAAAGAAGCUGAAAGAAGAAGAAGAGAAAGGAUUAAUUCUCAUCUUCAUAGCCUCAGAACCCUACUAUCUUGCAAUUCUAAGUUGGAUAAAGCUUCAUUACUAGCCAAAGUUGUUCAACGUGUAAGGGAACUCAAAGAACAAACUUCACAAAUUAUGCAAAGUGAAACAAACUUAUUAUUCCCUUCAGAAACUGAUGAAAUCACUGUGUUAUCAUCAAAUGAUUGUUUAGCUGAUGGAAGAUUACUCAUUAAGGCCUCUCUUUGUUGUGAGGAUCGGUUCGAUCUCAUCCCUGACCUAAUUGAAACCCUAAAAUCACUUGGAUUGAGUCCUAUAAGAGCUGAAAUGGUCACAUUAGGAGGGAGAAUUCAUAAUGUGAUCGUAUUAGCUGUUGAUCAUAACAAGGAGAGUAAUAAUAACAAUACUGAUCAUGAUGAAUCGUCAUUAUUAUUCUUGAGAGAUGCUUUGAGGUCUAUAGUUCAACGUUCGAGUUAUGGUACAGGUGAACGAGGUAAAAGACGAAGAGUAUUAGGUCAAGGAACAAGGAAAUACUAGGGUAUAUAUAUAUAUGUAUAACUUCUCCAUGCAUGCUUUGUAGGUCACCAGUUCGAUCUGUGAAAUCAUUUAUGAGAUAUCAAAAGACCAUGAAGUAACUGUAAAGUUAUUAAAAUCAGUCAUUGAUAGUACUUUUGUGUGAACGUGACAUGUUUUGUGUUUGCUUGUAGUAGUUAUGACUAGUUAGGGUUUUGUUCAAUGAUAAACAAUGUAAGUAAUUGUUUCACUUAAUAUAUGAUUGAUGAUAUGCAAGGA